AUGGGGCCUCAGGCCGAGGAUAUUUUCAAAACGUUCAAACUUGAACCUGACGACAAGGAGAAGUUUGAGGCCGUACUGAAGGAAUACGAGGCCUACUUUGUUCCUCGACGGAACAUCAUUUAUGAAAGGGUGAAGUUUAACACCCGAACACAACAAGACGGCGAAUCCGUCGAGGAUUUUGUUACCGCACUGCACGCGCUUGCAGCUACGUGCGACUACGGGCAGCUGCGUGAAGAUUUAAUUCGAGAUCGUCUCGUGGUGGGUAUCCAAGACCACAAGAUCUCGAGAGCGCUGCAACUCGAUCCCGACCUAAAUCUACAGAAAGCAGUGCUGGUGGCACGCCAGCACGAGACCAUCAACCAACAGCAGGUAGAGCUUCACCGCGUGCGAGAACAGGACGUCCACCACAUACAGUCCCAGAGGAGAAUGAGCAGCUGCGAAGACGUGUACGUUCUGCAAGGCCUCCGAACCCCUCUUCUUGGGAAACCAGCGAUAGAAAGGCUCGGGGUACUACCACAAGUUAAUGUAGUGAAGAAACUGGAGCCCGAAUCUGACUUUCCACAAGUGUUCCAGGGACUGGGGACCUUCAAAGAAGAAUAUGACCUCAAGUUGAAUCCUGACUCAAAGCCUUUCGCGCUGUCGUCGCCACGUCGAGUCCGCCUUCCAUUGUACGAAAAAACAAGGCAAGAACUCGAGCGGAUGCAAGCACUAGGCGUCAUCUCUCCUGUCACCGAGCCUACUACAUGGUGCGCACCUAUGGUUGUCGUUCCCAAACCCUCUGGUGCUGUUCGGAUCUGUGUCGACUUCACGGAACUCAACAGAUAUGUUCAACGAGAAUGGCAUCCAAUACCGGCCGUCGAGUACACCAUUGGAAUGCUACGGGGAGCCAGCAUGUUCUCGAAACUUGACGCGAACUCGGGUUUCUGGCAGAUACCACUUAGUGAAAGGAGCAAAGUAUUCACAACAUUUAUCACGCCGUUCGGCCUAUUUUAUUUCAAUCGACUUCCGUUCGGAAUCUCGACGGCCCCCGAACAUUUUCAGAGACGAAUGGGACAGGUUCUUUGUGGACAGGAGGGAGUCGUCUGCCACAUGGACGAUGUGCUUAUUUGGGGUGCCACGCAGGCGCAGCAUGACGAGCGGCUUCGGGCAGUGAUGGACCGCCUCCGCACAUCAGGCAUCACAUUGAACAGAGAGAAGUGUGAGUUUGGGGUAACCUAG